AUGGCCGCAACACUCGCGCCCAACACCGACAGGUUCGCCGUCCCCGACUCUGGCUACGCGACCCCCGCCGCCGAGGCCGCAGAGCCCGUCAAGGAGCAUGUCGUUCAGCAGGAGAAGUCGGAGGUGCCAAACGUCUACCGCGACACCUACGGCAACGAGUUCAUGCUCCCCUCGUUCACCAUGAAGCAAAUCUACGCUGCAAUCCCCGCUCACUGCUUUGAGCGUCCUCUCUGGAAGUCGGCAUCCUACGUCGCCCGUGAUGCUCUUCAGACCUUGGCCGCGUUCUACGCCGCCUCGCACAUCCAGUACAUCCCCAAUUUCUGGGUUAGGUGUGCCGCGUGGCAGGUUUACGCCUUCGUUCAAGGGUUGACGUGGUUCGGUAUCUGGAUUUUGGCGCACGAGUGUGGACACGGUGCUUUCCACGCCAACCAGAAGGUUUGCGAUGCGUUCGGGUGGGUGUUGCAUUCGUUUGUUGGGAUGCCGUAUAAUUCGUGGAAGUGGUCGCAUAAUAAGCACCACAAGGCGACUGGUAACAUCGAUCGUGAUACGGCGUUCAAUCCCCGUCCCACGGAGGAGGAGGAGGCGGAGCAUGCUGCGCUUCAUGAGGAUCAUCAUGAGGAAGGCUUGUUCUCCGAGACCCCGAUUUACACGCUCUACAGCCUCGUUUUGCAGCAGUUGUUUGGGUUACCACUUUAUCUCGCAAACAACGCCACCGGCCAACCCUAUGAUCGCUCAUUUCCCCUCCGCGUCUCGCACUACAACCCCUGGACUCCAAUCUACGGCCCCAACAACCCGCGUUUCUGGGCCGUCGUGUGUUCUGAUCUCGGACUCGGGUUGAUGGGUCUUGGGUUGUGGUAUGCGUCCAAGUUUGUUGGGUGGAGUGGGGUGGCACUCUACUGGUUCGUGCCCUACUUGUGGGUAAACCACUGGUUGGUCAUCAUCACCUACCUCCAACACACAGACCCAACCCUCCCGCACUACCGCAACAAAGCCUGGACCUUCGAACGUGGCGCAACAGCAACGAUCGACCGUGAAUUCGGGUUUAUCGGACGGAGACUCUUCCAUUGCAUCAUCGAGACACAUGUCUUGCAUCAUUUGGUGAGUCGCAUCCCGCAUUAUCAUGCGGAGGAGGCGACGGAGGCGAUUAAGGGGGUGAUGGGGAGGAGUUAUCGGUACGAUCCGAGGGGGAUGUGGGGGAGUUUGUUCAGGGUUGCGAGGUGGUGUCAGGCUGUGCCGGCGGAGGGGGAUGUUGUGUUUUAUAAGAACGCCAACGGCCUGAACUACGAUGAUUCGUAUAAGGCGAAGGUGCAGUGA